AUGAUCGUACCAGAGUAUUGCGAAAUGUUUUCGGGUGAAGCAAAGAGGCGGCUGUACAACUCUGCGGUUCGCCAGGAGUUCAAUGUAAGUCUGUUGGAAACUUACUUUGGUACAGUACACGUCCGCUGUCCAAUAUUUGAUCCAAGUGUAUUUUUGAAGGAAUUCUACAAACAAAUUCCAGAUACUCUCAACACAAUGCUUGAUCCAGUGAUAGCCGUUACUUUAGCUUGUGGCGCGCUUUUCAGCAAGCAUCCAACUUUUAAGGCAGAUCGUGAUGAGACGUCUCGCAAGAAACGGGCUGCAACACGAAGACAGAGCAAAAUAGUAUCGACUAAACUCGCGGCCGGGAGAAAAUCUCAUGAAAAUCAAGGACCAUCAUUGUUCUCACCGGCUGCCAUUUCUCGUCUGCCAACUGGAAGAAAGCGAAGUAAAAGCAGGAUAGUGGAUGAUCACUUGACCAGAGCUGAGGAAGCUCUCGACUUUACCAAAGUACAUCGGAUUGCGCAUACAACCAAUGUUAUAGCAGCUUUUCUUGCUGACGGUUUAUUUCCAGGUGCAAGGAGAUGCAAUGCGAAUGAUGAUCCCCGCGCUUCCGGUGGGUUCGCAGAUGUACAGAGGAGCUUUUGGCUCGAGGUAGCAAUCAGUCAUAUGCUCGAGCUGGGUAUCAAUCGUCAAAGCAGUCUAAAUGAGUUAGAUCACUUGCACGAUUCUUGCGGCAAGGCGCAACUAGAUACGGUUUGGUGGUUUGCAUGUGUUUCAGACGCAAGGCAAUCAGCGCUCUGCCAGAGAAACCUCGCAUCGACAUUGGAGAUGACAGUGUUCAAAUUACGGAAUCACUUGUAA